AUGGCCAGACUACCAAUUGCCACCCUUGUCUUCCCUCCUCUCCUCAUAUCCCUCCCCUUCACCCCCUUCACCGCCGCUCAAUCAACCCCAAGCUGCUCAACCUCCGCCUGGGGAACCAUCCCGCUCAGACACGAGGAGUUCCUCGCAACAACAAACAUCACCUCCCUGAACACUGAAAUCAUUGCACCGCUCGUCAAUGCCGCCGUACCCAACAACACCAUGAGCGGCGACGGGUUCAACGCCAGUGUGACGGAGUCCGUUGAGAUGCAAUAUACACUCGCCCCGGGAUAG